AUGACUGCGAGGAUUCAGGCAAUGCCAGUCCGGGGCAAACCAGUGCCAAAGAGCCAUGCAACAGAGAUGAAGGUCAGGAGAGCUGUGUGGCUGCAACUGGGCAUGCUCAGUCUGUCCCUGCUGCUGGUGGUGCUGGGAGUCUACAUAACGACCCGCACAGAGAGCCUGACUGUCUCUGGCUACAUGUCUGGAGUCAUUCUGACUCUUGGAUCGUUCCUGGGUCUUCUGGGACUCUGCCUGGAAGAAAACCGCAAACAGCUGCUGACUGCUGCGAUAGUUUUUCUCAGCUUCGGGAUCAUCUCCUCUUUUUUGUGCCUGGUGAUCGAUGGUGUCUGUAUUGUCUUAAACCUGGACAUGCGUCCACUGAAAGCAGGAAGAUGCCAGUAUUACAGCAGCGGCAGCAGUUACGUUUAUGAAAAUUUCUACACCUCUGUGUCAUGUUGGAAUCCAAGGGAGUCUUGCAGCAUGACGGUACGAAGUGGCACCUGCUACUGCUGUGACCUGUAUGACUGCGCCAAUGGAGGUUAUCUCAGCAACUACUACGAGUUUGUUGGAGUGAGCAGCUGUGAGGAAGUUUUCACUCUGUACAUUUUGAUCUGGACCCUCACUGGACUGAACCUCGUGGCCUUUUUCACAGGCAUACUGACCACAGCAGUGCUGGGCAGCAUCAAGGACUUGAGUAGCAGCCAAGUGACCAAGACCUCUGAGAAUGCAACUUCCCCUACAGCUCCUCUGUUGAUGGAUGCCAACACACACAGAGCACACCAGCUCCACACAGAAGCUUCUAUGUAUUUCCCCCCAGCAGAAGGGACAGCCGCCUCACACAGUUUUCCCUCACUGUCAACUCCUCGUACAGAGUCCAACCCUCCUCCCUUCGCCCCGUUGUCCGGCAUGCCGCCCUACAAAAUCCACAGCAUCUCUGCCUGA